AUGGCGACGAUGGCGACGAUGCUUUCAGCGCAGCGAUCAGAGGAGGAUCACGACCUCCUGGUUCGAAGCACCAAGAAGACCAAGCGUGAUGCGGGAUCAGGCCUGGCCGGUGCAAUGCCGGACUUGGUACUGGAGACACCGAUGGAGAUGAUCGAAGGGUACACAGCGCUGGUUGAGGCUCCAAGGAGACAGCCACCGCCGAUCUCGUUUAGAGAUCUUGUGGCAGGGGCGUCGCAUCCGACCUCCGAUGAGGAUGAUGAUGACCUGUUCUCUGAUGGAGAAGAUGCGGAGGAGGACGAGGAUCCUCUGUGCCCGGUUAUCCGGCUUACCAACAGAGAGAAAGAGGAGCUCCGGCGUCCGUGGCGGAAUGCGUUGAUUCUCAAAGUUUGGGGCAAACGGGUUGGAUAUUCAUAUCUGUACCGGCGGUUGAACACACUGUGGAGGCCUAAGGGCAGCAUGGACCUCGUGGCAAUUGAUAACGACUAUUUUCUGGUGAGGUUUGGUUCAAACGAUGAUCUGGAAUAUGCGAAAUUCGGAGGCCCCUGGAUGAUCCUUGAUCACUAUUUGAUCGUGAAGGAGUGGACUCCAGACUUUGAUCCGGUCACAGACAAAACGGAGAAGGUCCUGGUAUGGAUACGAUUCCCUUGUCUCCCAAUUGAAUACUACAGGACUUCUUUUUUGCAGAAAAUUAGGAGGAAGAUCGGACGACCAAUCCGCGUUGAUCAGGCCACGAGCCAGGUGUCUAGGGGAAGAUUCGCACACAUGUGUGUCGAGAUUGACCUCUCCAAGCCACUGAUUUCCAAGUUCAGGCUGAGGAGAAGAACACGCUACAUUUCCUACGAAGGAAUUCAUCUAGUUUGCUUCAACUGCGGAAUGUACGGCCAUAGUCUUGAAACAUGCCCGGACGGAAAUAAGGUGGCCGUUGUCGGUGAUGAUCCAGAACAAACCGAUAAGGCUCCUGGCGAGAAGCCACCUGGGACGACAGCGGAGACAGCUAAUCAAAGAACAUCAGUGGCGGAGGAAAAGGCGCCGUUUGGGUCGUGGAUGAUAGUGAAGAAGACGGACAGACGCCCAGGUCGAAGAUCAGGGCCUACCCGCGGCAACUCUCAGGUGGCGGACCACACAGCCCAAUCGCGAUCGCGCUUCCUUCCCCUUGUCGCCCCAGAAGCGGAGAUCCAGGGGGACGCUGAAAAACAGACAGACAUGACCGGGGAUAGCGCGCGUCAAGCGGAGGACCUCCGAGUAAAUGCCGCCCCACAGCAGGCUAAGGAGAAACGCAUGCCGGCGGAGCUUCGCAAGAAUGGGGAAGGGCAGUCUGGAGCUAAAGUGCGAAACCAGAGAAGACCGAAUGUUGUUGCUAAUGAGAAGCAGGUCACGAACCAGCCAGGGGCAAAGCAGCCAACGACGGCGGCAGUGGAAUCAAGGCAGGAAUCACGUGGUGCGUUACGAGUUGGGGCGAGGCGAGCAGCCGAGGAGGAUGAGCAUGUAGUGGUGAGAGGGGAACAGGGUGGCGCGAUUAUCCAAACCGAACGUAUCUAUUCCGAGCAGAUGAUUAGCGCAAGCCCCAUGCAAGCGCUGGAAGAUGUGGGGGAGCACCACAAUGACAAGCCUUACCACCUAGAUGACGACGGGGAUGAAAUGAUGGCGGAUGAAGUCUCAUUUGGAAUUGCCAGGGCGCCGGCGGGAGGGAUUUCCACCUCGUCCUCAAACUUCUGCUCAAGUCUCACCGGCCUAGUUACGGAGACCGGAGAGGCACCGUGGUCUUUAGCAGUUGUGUAUGGCAGUCCGACUCACCACCUACGGCGACGGCUCUGGAGUGAGUUACGGGCUCACAAGCGGGGCAUUAGUGGACCUUGGCUUUUGGCAGGGGACUUCAAUGCUGUCACAAGCGAGGGAGAAACUUGCAACUACUCUGCGUAUUCCUCUCAGCGAAGUUCCGAUUUCGUGGAGUGGAUUCAUAGUGAAGGUCUUAUUGACAUGGGCUAUAGCGAAGACCGGCUGACAUGGAUGCGGGGGUCGGAGAAUGGGCUAGCUAAAGGGGCGAGGCUCGACAGGGCCUUAUGUAGUGUGGACUGGAGGCAGCGCUUCUCGGAAGCUUCAGUCCGUCACUUGCCACGAGUCUCGUCGGAUCACGCACCAAUUUUAAUUCAGACAGAGGGGAAGAUAGUUGGAGGCGCGGGGGGGGGGGGGGGGCAGUUUCGCUUCCAUGCAGCGUGGCUAACCAAUGAGUCGGUUGAUGAGGCCAUUCGGCGGUCGUGGAACUCCAGCACCGAUUGGCAAUCCAACAUCCAAAGGGCCCAAGAUGGGUUAACGUCGUGGAGCAGGGAGGCUUUUGGCAGUGUUGAGGGCCGGAAAAAGAUUCUUUUGGCUAGGAUAGGGGGCAUUCAGAGACAACAAGAUUUCUCCUAUCACAACGGGCUCCGGCAGUUGGAAAAGAAGCUAAGACAGGAACUAGACGAGGUGCUCUACCAAGAGGAGCUUAUGUGGUUCCAACGGUCUAGAGAGGAGUGGAUUGUGUCGGGAGACAGGAACACAAGAUACUACCACACAGCAACAAUGGUCCGAAAGGCGAGAAACAAAGUGCUGAGUUUAAAGGACGACAACGGCAACUGGAUCACUGAGGAUAUACUUUUGGGGCGGCACGUCCAAGAUUUUUACGCACAUCUCUUUCGAGCGGAGGGCGAGGGGGACAUGAUGGCGGCGAUCCGUGGCCGGUUUCCUAGGCUAGAGCAGAGGGACUGGCGGAUUUUCAAUAGAAGUGUGACCAAGGAAGAAUUUCGUAAAGCUGUCUUCGACAUGAGCCCCUGGAAGGCGCCGGGCCCCGAUGGCCUACAUGCAGCAUUCUAUCAGCAUGCGUGGGACGUUGUGGGGGACUCUAAAUUUGAACUAGUCAGGGAUGCGUUCACGACAGGGAGAAUUCCGGAGGGGGUAAAUGAUACUCUGCUAGUCCUGAUUCCAAAGGUCACGACACCGGAAACCGUGAAACAGUUCAGGCCUAUCAGCUUGUGCAAUGUGUCUUAUAAAGUGAUCACUAAGACGAUAACCAAUAGGCUCAAAUUUAUCCUUCUGAAGAUUAUUGGGCCGUUCCAGAGCUCCUUUGUCCCGGGACGGCAAAUCACGGAUAACAUCUUGGUGUAUCAAGAAGUCAUGCACUCUAUGCGUAUCAAGAAAGGAAAAUCUAGGAUCAUGGCCAUUAAGAUUGACCUAGAGAAAGCUUAUGAUAGAUUAUCUUGGGAUUUUAUUAACGAUACUCUUUGUGAUGCAGGGUUCAAUAAUGACUGGACACGGAUUAUCAUGGAGUGCGUCCGAUCUGCCAACAUGCAAAUCUUAUGGAAUGGGACGAGGAUGGAAAGUUUUAAGCCAGGACGGGGAAUCAGGCAAGGAGAUGCCAGGUCACCGGCGUUGUUCGUUCUGUGCAUGGAGCGGCUUAGUCAGAGCAUUUCGCAGGAAGUUAGCCGGGGUACGUGGAAGGGCAUCCAGCUGUUUGCCUCGGGCCCGACUCUCUCGCACCUUUGCUUUGCGGACGACAUGGUGCUUUUCACUGAAGCAUCUAUGGAGCAGGUGGCGGUCAUCAGGCGCUGUUUUGAUCACUUUUGUGAGGCAUCCGGGCAACGACUCAGCUUGGGAAAGUCACAGGUGUUCUUUUCCAAAAACACCCCGUCUGAGCUUAAAGAGGCCAUUUCUCUGGAAUUAAGGAUACCGAGCACCACGGACCUUGGACGGUAUUUGGGCGUACCCUCUUUGCAUGGCCGAGUAACGAGUGCUACUUUCUCGGGUUUGCUAGACCGUGUGAGGGGUAGGCUUGACGGAUGGAGAAGCAAAACAUUAUCUCUUGCUGGGCGAAUUACACUGGCCAAGGCUGCGCUUCUGCCCAAGGAAGUUUGCCUCAAGAUUGAAGCCAUGGUCAGAUUCUUCAUUUGGGGUGGAGUCGGCGACGCAAGAAAGCCUAGCUUGGUAAGCUGGGACGUUGUCACGAAAUGCAAGCAGGAGGGUGGACUGGGAAUUCGGCGAAUGCAGGACGUCAACACAGCCUUCUUGGCCAAGUUGGGGUGGCGUAUGAGGACUGAGCAAGACAGACUCUGGAUUAGAGUCUUGAUGGCGAAGUACCCGGCAAUGAAUAGUCGAGAGCUGAGGGAUCUCAAGAGGCCAUCAUCGAACGCGUGGAAAGGGAUUUGUGCCACGUCGAGCUUCGUGGAGCAGGGGUUGAAAAGGGUUGUUCGCAACGGUCAAGAGACUCAGUUCUGGAUGGACAACUGGAUCCAUGGAGGCCGACUUUACGAGCACAUGAAGAGACCGAUCAGCCUCCCAGAGCUUUACAGUACAGUUGCAGAUUACUGGGAAUAUGGAAGGGGAUGGAAGUGGGAGCGUUUUGACGAUAUUCUAGACGACAACUGGAAGGCAAAGAUCCAUGCGUUCUCAGUGCUAGAAGAUGCUGAUGCUAGAGAUGAGUGGGGAUGGGGUCUCGAGAUUCACUAUCAGCUCAGCGUAUAG